AUGGGUCGGCUGCAUUUCACGAGAUACAAUGAAGACGACAACGAGAGCAUUCCCAGAGACAUUGACUUGGCCAGCAGCACAGGUUUCAACCAGAGUCGCGGUCUUCCUGCUUUAAACCGCAGCGCAUUCGAGCACAGUCUGAACCGCAGUGGCUUUGAGCGCAGUCUGAACCGCAGUGGCUUCGACCGCAGUCUUAACCGCAGCGGCUUUGAGCGCAGUCUUCGCGUUGAUAAUGUGCAGGUCUCGGCGAUCCCGAUCCUCGGACGGGUGGACAACCCGCUCAUGAGCUCCGUUGUCAUCAUGAACGGAGCCGACUCAGCCGUCCACAGUCCGACGUGGAGGAAGCGAGAGGCCGAUGGGGACGACGAGUCCUCGUUGCCAUUUCCAGCUUUAUCCAGGAAGUUUGAGGUCAAUUUGGUGUCUCGAUGGCACGUCGGAUUGCUCGUGUCCACCGGGUUUGCCGGUAUCCUCACGACGUGUCUGAAACGAGGCGUGUUGCCACUGCUCGAAGCCGAACUCAAGAUGCAGCCGUACCAAGUGGACGCUGCGUCCGUGUUGGUCCUACUUCCGUGGUCCUACAGCUUCAUUUGGGGCUUCAUAUCAGACGCAGUGCCUAUUCUAGAAUCUAGACGCAAAGCCUACAUAAUUCUCGCGUGGAUGACGACCAUGUUGGCAUGUUUUGCGAUGGCUCUGAUGGACCAGUUUAUCUCGUAUCGCGCGGAGGAAAACGACAUCACCACUGCAGACCUUUUGAGGCAUUCCGAUGGCCUCAUGGACCUCUACAUGGUAUUCUUAAUGAUGGCCAACUUCGGCUGCAUCGUGGCACUUGUCAUCGGACAGACAUACGUGAUCGCACAGACUCGUAAAGAACGCAUGACCGUGCGCGGCACAGCGCUCGGAACGCUCUUAAUCACGCAGUUCAUGGGCGAAUUUGUCGGCCAGGUCAUCGCAGACUACGCCAUCUUUGACGUGACGGAUCUCGGGGCGACUCCGAAGGUGACGCUGCGUCAAACGAUGCUCUUUUUCGUCUUUUACACGGUCAUUCCGUUGAUCGCGCUCUGCACGUGCUUCUUCGAGAAGCCUGACCCGCCUCCGAUCAACGCCGCGCGUGAUCGCUACAACCGCGCAACCAUCGAGAACUUGGAGACGUCGGCUUCAGAGCUGCAGCGCGCCUACAUGACGGCUGCGAACUUCUACCAACGCGUUAAACUAGCGCUGCGCGGCCACUGGAUCCGCCUGCGCAGCGCUCUAGGCAAAGAGUCGACGUCUCGAGUCAUGCGCUUUCUGAUUGGCUUUAUAUUCAUGUCGGAAUUCUCGCUGACAUAUCCGACCAAUCGGAUCGAAGAAUGGUGUGGCAUGAACGCUAAGGCGGCGUCCACCGGCCACAUUAUGAUGCAGGUGUUCUCCGUGCUGUGCGGUAUCCUCUGGAAGUAUUUCUUCUUGAACUGUGACUGGCGCUGGUGCGUCUUCUCCAGCUUUAUCAUUAUCACCAUGACGCCGCAGUUCGUGUACUACACGAUGGCUACACUCAAUCCGGGUGCGCGGAAUAUCGAUAUCUACGCGGUGGUCUCGGCUCUGACGGGCUUUAUCCGCAGCGCUAUUGUGAUUUUAGAGCUUGCAAUCACCGCAGAAAUCGCCCCUGUGGGCGGAGAAGGCGCUUUCGUCGGUAUUGUCGUCUCCAUGGCGUCGAGUAUGCGGUUGAUGGCGAAUACGGUGUCUAACGCCAUCGGAUUCAUGUUUAAGGACAUUGACGACUCGGUCAGCUCACGAGCAGACCCGGACAGGAUGCAGGUGGCGUUUGCGCUGGUUGUAUCGCACAUUAUCCAGGUCCUCGGCCUCGUGGCGCUCGUCUUUUUGCCAAAGCAAAAGCGGCAACUGCAGCGACUGCAUCGCUUUGGCAACAGGGACGACAAAUGCACCACGUGGUGGAUCAUCGGCUGUCUCGCAGCUUCGUUUGUAGUUAGCACCAUCUUCAACGCGUUGGCCAUCGCACCGACGACGUCUUGUAUGUCGAUUGUGGGCGGCAGUGGCUGCUAA